UUUGCAGAGAGGAGCCGAAAUCCGAAAGGCAGCGGUGUGGGUAAACGUGCCCUGUGCGGCGGCAGGUGAGUGCGGCUGGGCAGCAGGGGCGGCGGCACUCAAGGCCUGGCUGGAUUUCCGCACCGUCGGCGGCCUGGAAACCGGAGGACAGCGGUAACGGAAUUCAGUCACAAUGGGGAACGUUUUUGAAAAACUGUUCAAAAGUCUAUUUGGGAAAAAAGAGAUGCGGAUUCUCAUGGUGGGUUUGGAUGCGGCUGGAAAAACCACCAUCUUGUAUAAAUUGAAAUUGGGAGAGAUUGUGACUACCAUCCCUACAAUAGGUUUCAAUGUGGAAACGGUAGAAUAUAAAAAUAUCAGCUUCACAGUCUGGGACGUUGGUGGCCAGGAUAAAAUCAGACCUUUAUGGCGACAUUAUUUCCAGAACACCCAAGGGCUGAUUUUUGUGGUCGACAGUAAUGACAGAGAGCGGGUCAACGAGGCCCGAGAAGAACUAACCAGAAUGUUAGCAGAAGAUGAGCUCCGAGAUGCAGUUUUAUUGGUGUUUGUAAAUAAACAGGAUCUUCCGAAUGCUAUGAACGCAGCGGAAAUAACAGACAAGCUCGGCUUACAUUCCCUGCGCCAGAGAAACUGGUACAUUCAGGCCACUUGCGCCACCAGUGGAGAUGGGCUUUACGAAGGCCUGGACUGGCUCUCCAACCAGCUCAAAAACCAGAAGUGAUCGGAAGCGAUCCGUUCCCCGUGCGUUGCGGCAAAGUCAGCUGGCCUCUUCUGUGUGCGUGUGUGCGUGUGAGGAGCCGAGUGUGGGUGUGUGGCUGGGGGCGGGAGCAGCUUUCUCACACCGUGCCUUAUACAUGCCAUAAGAAAACCAGUCUUACAUUUGAAGAAAACCCAGUGUUACACGUGAAAUGGUACCUUCCAUUUCAGUAGCUCCGAUGGUCAGUCUGGCAGCGGAUGGAGGGGGCCGCGGCCUUCCUGGCACAAGCUCGCUCGCUGGAGCAGUCCCCGCGGUGGGCAGGAGGCGGGGAGCUGGCUCUUGGGGCUCCGUGGAGCCACGCCUGGUGCCUCCACACGGCACAGCUCGAGUCCCCGUUAGACUCUGGUGUCCUUUUGUAAAGAGGAAGGGCCCGUCCCUUUCCCGUCACUGCCAGAGCCAGCAACUCACUUCUCAGUGCUUUAAAGCAAAAGAUCCUCAAGAGGAAAAGGCACUUGCUUCCUGCAGGUUUGAAGUUCAGAUCUGAACUUUUCCCUUAAGUUAUUUUCUUCCUGGUGUAAUGUGGUUUAUUUAAAGGAACUCGAGAUCUUUUUCAUUAGAGUAUCAAGUCUCCAUAACCCUAGAAAAUUGUCCAGUCCUUCUCACAUGCUCGCUCCCUCCCCUUUUUCCUCUUACUUGCCCAACCGAGACCCUUUGGGUGGUAAGUAACCCAGCGGGAGGUCGAGGUUCCUGGCCACGGGGUCCUGCGGAGGGAGGGGCAGGCAGGGGCAGGCACCUGUCCCUGCGCCUGUCUCCCCUGCUCAGGUUUCAGGCUCCCACUUCUCUGCCCUGUGCUGAGUGUUCUGUGCUUGACGCAGGAGGUUCGCCCCUGCGAUGGCAUCGUCGCCAAGUUCAUGAUCUCUGUUCAACUUUUCGGUUUCGGUUAGUUUCUGUUCCCAGAACCACACACCUGUGAGUUCUGUGAGUGAGAGAGGAUCAAGAGCUUCCUUUGGGGUCGAGGUGAAAUUCCCGGCCACCCCCGUGACUGCCCCUGAGUUGGUGCUCAAUUUUGGUAUGAAAAUGUCUCCUCUGGACUGCUCUCCGCGGCGCCCACCCCCCUUCCUGGAUGGCAGUAACGCCCUGCGUGGCAAUGUGCUUUAUGUGGUCCUCAGAAUGUUUGUGAAAAUGGCCUGGAGGUGAGCUCGGUUUCACGCCGUUGCCUAGAGCUUCUUCGCCCAGACAGCUGUUGGCCAGAUGCGCCCCUGCUUUACCCUUGAAAAGUCCUCCUUCAAAAAACUUUUAUUCAAAUUACAGAGGAGGGGAAUGUAAGGUGAACUUGAACAAAAGUAACCCUUGUUUAUUGAUAAUUACGAAGCCGAUACUACUAGGAAGAAAUUUACUGCCAUGAUCAGCGUGGGGUGUGAUGUCUUUCUUUAAAAUGUUGAUUCUACAGACUGUUCAUUGCAAAACUGGCGUCCAAGUCCCGAUUUGAUUUUUAACCGUGGAGUAAUUCCUGAGAGAGAUUUAGGUUGUGCGCCGCAAAUUGGCAGGGACUGUGUCCUAUGCUUUUGUACCUGUGCUUAGUACAGUGUACCUAGUACAGCGCUAGGCCUCAUUAAACAACUGUUGGUUGGUUGGACAAUAAAGAAUUUGCUUUGGAAGGAGGAGAGGACAGCCAUGUGCUUCUGUGUGUGUUGAACUGCUUUAAAAUCCCUUUUCCCCUCCAUCUGAGCAGACUUCCUAUUGAAAA